AUGCAAUGUCUUGUGUGUCUUUCCUUACGACCAGGUGUCCUGAGCGCUGAUGUGUAUGCUAGAUACUGUCGUCUCCGUGGCUAUAAUGCUAUAUAUAUAUGCGGGACCGAUGAUUAUGGGACUACAACUGAUACCGUAGCUACCGAGACCAAAGCUCUUGAGGAGAAUUGCUCCCCCGAGGAAAUCUGUGACAAGUACCAUGCCAUUUUCGUCUGUGACACUAACAUAUGUACUGCAUAUGCUUAUUCAUUUUGGCGUUCUCAGGUCAGUCAAACAACACCCCGAAUCUGCGACUCGGACCACCGGUUUAUUGAGCUCCCUUUGCUGGAAGACAAGUUGGUAAAGUAUAUUAUGGACACAUCUGUCACUGAAUCUUGGAGUAGAAAUGCUAUUCAACCCACAAUGGCAUGUCUUACGGACGGACUUAUAAACAAAUGCGUCUCACGGGAUCUAACAUGGGGACUUCCUGGCCGACAUGAGACAUAUAAGGAUAAAGUCUUCUACGUCUGGUUUGAUGCUCCUAUUGGAUAUGUCUCAAUAACUUCAUGCUACACAUCUAAAUGGGAGAAGUGGUGGAAGAAUCCUGAGAAUGUGGAGCUUUAUCAGUUUAUGGGAAUAGACAAUGUGCCGUUUCACACUGUGAUGUUUCCCUCUGCGCAGGUUGGUAGUGGGGAAAAAUGGACACUGGUGAAGACAAUCAGUGCAACAGAAUAUUUAAAAUACGAAGGCGGAAAUUUCUCCCAGAGUAAAGGUUUUGGAGUGUUUGGUAAUGAUGUAAAAGAUACAAAUAUCCCUGUCGAAGUAUGGAGAUACUACUUGCUGACCAUAAGGCCUGAGGUCUCUGACACAUCAUUUGAGUGGAAGGAUUUGCAAGCGAAACUGAAUAACAAGUUGCUGAGCCUAGGCAACUUUGUAAGUCGAGUUCUGGCGUUUAUAGCAAAGCCUGAGGCUGCAGGUUAUGGGUCUGUCAUUCCUAAUGCACCUGGUGCUGAAUCUCAUCAUCGAACGAAAUUACUGGGGCAAAAGGUUGGAGGACUGGUGGCAGAGUAUGUCGAAGCCAUGGAAAAGGUUAAGAUCAAGCAUGGGCUGGUAACUGCUAUGCUCAUUUUGGGUCAAGGGAUCCGAUAUUGGAGGAUUGACAAGGGAGAUAAAACUUCUUGUGCAGUUGUUGUAAGAACGGCUGCUGGUUUAGUACACCUUCUUGCACGAUUGUUAGAGCCUUUCAUGCCAUCAUUUUCUCGUGAGGUGUUUAAACAGCUUAAUCUGCCUCCACAUUUUUCCCUCUCUGACGAGAGAGGAGAGGUACUACAAUCAAGUAGACCGUGGGAUAUUCUGCCUCAUAGCCACAGGAUAGGCACCCCGCAACCAUUGUUCGAGAGAUUGACAGAUGAAGAAGUGCGACUGUACGGAGAAAGGUUCGCUGGAAGUCUGUCUGGUGGACGUGCUAGGGAUGCUGAAGCAACAAGACCGUCUCGUAGACGUUCCAGGCCUGUGGAAACAGCAAUGCAGUAUUAUAGACGAGCUACGUCAUCGUUUUAG